AUGAAUGUUUUUCAUGUUUUAAAUCGAUUUUUAGCAUCAACUGGAGGAGUGCUUUUAGUUGUUUACGAAUUUUUGAGAAUUUAUAAAAGUGAUAUAAAUCCAAUAUACGAUAAUUUAUACAUGCUGGAUAACCCUUAUGUCCCAUUUUCAUCUUUUAUGUUACUUAGUCUUACGUACUUAUUUUUGAAUAUGUUCAGUUUUUCAAAAAAUAGCAUGUCAAAUAACUUAAGAGGAUUUUUGGGCUGCUUCUUAGUUUCCUACUCUUUUUUGUUUUUUAUAAAUCAAGUGUAUAUUUGUUUUGAAUAUAACAAAAUAAAUUCACCAAAAUUAGCAGUAUCGAUUUAUCUUUGCGUUUAUAUGUUCCUUUACCUCUGUUCAUUAUGUAUCGAAUCCCUUAGAAGCUUUUCAAAAAAAAAGGUUAUUAAGGAAAAGCAACAAGCGGCUAUUAAAAUAGAAGUAUAA